AUGUCUCACCAGUUUCACCUGUCUUACCCGUCCUUCUCUCUCUCUCGUACCUCAGAUGUCUCAUCCGUCUCUCUCUCUGUCCUCAGAUGUCUCCCCGUCUCCCCCCUCUCCUCCUCUGUCCUCAUGAUGUCCCCUCCUGAUCGUGGUGAUGGGGGGGCGGUUUUACCCGAAGGCAAAAGGGAGCCCCUGAACCUGGACGAGAGCGAACAAACCGCAGAACAUCGUCCGCUACACGCGAGGCGCGGCGAGGAGGACACCGUAGGGGGGGGGGGGGCUGUCGACAUGGUCACCCUACCGCACCCUUCAACGCAUGAGGACCCCCAAGCGUCCGCACGCUACGUCACCCCGGACACCCCACCUUCUCACUACCCACCGCCCCCCGUCCGCCUACAAAACCCUCCCGGACAACGUGGUCUACCGGAGUUUCAUCUGGGACCGCUCAAAGACGCCGACGUGUGA